AUGUUGGAGUACGGAACGGGAAGAAGCUUAGCGAUGCGGAUUCCUUCGCAAAGUGCAGUGCUUUGGAGGGAACACUUCAAGACCCUGCUGAAACGGCAAGCACCAUCAGCUCCUGAAAUCGAGCACGUUCAUAGGCCGACAUAUGCAGUUAACGAGGAGCCACCGACCGUGUUGGAGGUUCUAGUCUGUAUUCAGCAAAUGAAGAAUGGAAAAUAUGGUGGAAACUACGCGAUUAGCGCAGAAAUGCUAAAAUGUCUUCCUCCGUGUGGGAUUCGUGAGAUGACAAAGAUCAUCCGUUCAAUAUGGAUAGACGAAAGGAUACCUGAUUCGUGGAGACACGCUCUCAUAAUUCCCCUCCACAAGAAGUUAUCUGUGACGGACCCUAGGAAUUAUCGGGGAAUCUCUUUGCUGCGUGUUAUGUAA